GGAAGAUGGCGGCGUCCGGUGGCGGUGGUGGCGCUGGUGGCGGCGGCUUCGGCGCGGGCCCGGGCCCUGAGCGCCCGAACAGGUGGCAAAUGGAGGCUGGAGAGGCGCAUCCACUGCCACGGCCAGUCAGUGGGCAGGUGGAAGACACCAUUGGGACCCAGGCCUGGUUUCCACUUCUCUGGGGCUGGUUCUGGCAGUUUUGCCUCCACCCGGGGCAGCUUCAGAGCCCUGCCAAGCCUGCCCAGGGACCAGACGGCCCUGAGGCCUGUGAGCCACCUGCCCACCUCUGCUCUCCCGCAGCAUGGCCGACAAGAACGGGGCCCUCAAGUGUACCUUCUCGGCCCCAGGCCACAGCACUAGCCUCCUGCAGGGCCUCGCUGCCCUCCGCGCCCAGGGCCAACUCCUGGAUGUCGUGCUCACCAUCAACCGAGAGACCUUUCACGCGCACAAGGUGGUCCUGGCCGCCUGCAGCGACUACUUCAGGGCCAUGUUCACGGGCGGCAUGAGGGAGACGAGCCAGGACGUUAUUGAGCUGAAGGGCGUGUCGGCCCGCGGCCUGCGGCACAUCAUCGACUUCGCCUACAGUGCCGAGGUGACACUGGACCUGGACUGCGUGCAGGACGUGCUGGGUGCAGCCGUGUUCCUGCAGAUGCUGCCCGUGGUGGAGCUGUGUGAGGAGUUCCUCAAGGCCGCCAUGAGCGUGGAGACCUGCCUCAACAUCGGCCACAUGGCCACCACCUUCAGCCUGGCCUCGCUCAAGGAAUCGGUGGACACCUUCACCUUCCGGCACUUCCUGCAGAUUGCUGAGGAGGAGGACUUCCUGCACCUGCCACUGGAGCGCCUCGUCUUCUUCCUGAAGAGCAACCGGCUGCAGAGCUGCGCCGAGAUUGACCUGUUCCGUGUGGCCGUCCGCUGGCUGCAGCACGACCCCGCCCGGCGGCUGCGCGCCAGCCACGUGCUCUGCCACAUCCGCUUCCCGCUCAUGCGGUCCUCAGACCUGGUGGACAGCGUGCAGACGCUGGACAUCAUGGUGGAGGACGUGCUGUGCCGCCAGUACCUGCUGGAGGCCUUCAACUACCAGGUGCUCCCCUUCCGGCAGCAUGAGAUGCAGUCGCCACGCACAGCCGUGCGCUCGGACGUGCCCUCGCUGGUUGCCUUUGGCGGCACGCCCUACACCGACAGUGACCGCUCGGUCAGCAGCAAGGUGUACCAGCUGCCCGAGCCGGGGGCCCGCCACUUCCGUGAGCUGACGGAGAUGGAAGUGGGCUGCAGCCACACGUGCGUGGCCGUGCUGGACAACUUCGUGUAUGUGGCCGGGGGUCAGCACCUGCAGUACCGCAGUGGCGAGGGCGCCGUGGACUCCUGCUACCGCUACGACCCCCACCUGAACCGCUGGCUGCGCCUGCAGGCCAUGCAGGAGAGCCGAAUCCAGUUCCAGUUGAACGUGCUGUGCGGCAUGGUAUACGCCACGGGCGGCCGCAACCGGGCCGGCAGCCUGGCCUCAGUUGAGAGGUACUGCCCGCGGCGCAACGAGUGGGGCUAUGCCUGCUCACUGAAGCGCCGCACAUGGGGCCAUGCGGGUGCCUCGUCUGGGGGCCGCCUCUACAUCUCGGGCGGCUAUGGCAUUUCGGUGGAGGACAAGAAGGCCCUGCAUUGCUACGACCCCGAGACCGACCAGUGGGAGUUCAAGGCUCCCAUGAGCGAGCCCCGAGUGCUCCACGCCAUGGUGGGCGCCGGUGGCCGCAUCUACGCCCUUGGCGGCCGCAUGGACCACGUUGACCGCUGCUUCGACGUGCUGGCCGUGGAGUACUACGUGCCCGAGACGGACCAGUGGACCAGCGUGAGCCCCAUGCGGGCCGGACAGUCAGAGGCCGGCUGCUGCCUGCUGGACAGGAAGAUCUACAUCGUUGGAGGCUACAACUGGCGUCUCAACAAUGUGACAGGCAUCGUGCAGGUGUACAACACUGAGACGGACGAGUGGGAGCGCGACCUGCACUUCCCGGAGUCCUUUGCGGGCAUCGCCUGUGCCCCUGUCCUGCUGCCCCGGGCCAGGACCAGGAGGUAGCUCCCCGGACCCCGGUUCCUGGCCUGGCCGCCUGCUGUUUCUGCGAGGGGCUUGGCGGGUGCACGUCUGGGCGGGGAACUUCGAAUCCCCACCCCCGCGGGCUGCUCUUGCAUAAGGCACCCUCCUCACCCCCCUUCCUUCCUGAAGCAGAUUCUGGCUCUGUGCCCGGUGGGGGAGGCUGCCAGCAACAAGGCUGAUGUGGCAGCAAACUCACACCCAAGGCGGUUUCCUCACCCACCUUGAGUUCUCGCUGGAUGGCUGGCGGGCGGGAAUCGGGGUCUCCUUUGGGGCAUUGUGGUGUGGCUUUGCCCCACUUCUCUCCCCUCCCCCUGCCCAGAGGUCUGAGAUAUUCAGAUGCAAACUCGUUCACAGUUGAUCCCCAAAUUCCCCCCAACCCCCAUGAGUUGCAUGUGUCCUUUUUUAAAUAAACACACCCCAAAUCUCUGUAACAUACGGACCUCCAGGAGCAGGAGAAGCGGCUGGCAAGUACCUGGCUUGGGUUGGCCAGAAGGGCACGUUUCCGCCUCCCCAAGAAGCCUGAGCUGCUGGGCAGGAGGGAGCCGGCACUCAUUUCCAUUCCUGGCCUGGGUCUUAGCACCUUCACGGUGUUCUAUCAUCUGCUUUCAGGAGGAAGAAAAACACAGCCAGCUCCCAGAGACGGUCCUUACGGGCAUCAGGCCUUCCCCUUUGGCCCUGGGUGAUGUGUGGGGCCUUAGUAAGCACGGGCUGGCUCUCCUCCUCCCUGUCCCUGUCCCUGUCCCGUGAAUGAAAGGGGACGCCUGCUUCAGAAUCUCACAGUGCGUCUGCUUUCCACAGGCCUGUCCCGUGCUUUUUAUUUCUCCCCCUCUUUCCAGCCCUCUGCUCCCCCCAACCCUGUGUUCAGGUUGACAUGCCGCAGGGCCUGUGCCCACCCUGCGUGGGAAGUCAGGCGGGCUGUGAGGCCUCUGCCUUCAAGGGCUUUGCGGCAUCUCCAGCCACAUUUGUUUUGUUGUCUAAACCUCAAAACCAUUUUUUUUGUUGUUGUUCUCUUUUGCUUUUUUUUUAAGAGGCCAGCACCACUGUCUUAUAAAUGAGAUUUGUCCCCUCGGGGCAACUUAAAGUGUCUCUUCUGCUGCUAAUGGACGAUUGAUGUCGUGUCUCUGUGACCCACUCGCCAUGUAAAGAAUUAACCUCAUACCUUAGCAGACGUCGUCUCCUAAUAUUUUCCUUUUAUUUAAUAAAAAUGUUAUGGUAAAAA